AUGCCAAGAAAAGGAAAGAGGAGUGAAUCUCAGAAACAGUGCAGAAAGCUUGAAGUUGCAUCGGGUGCCAGUAGCAGUACCAACUCUGUGUCAGGUAUGAAUGAUGCACAACCGUAUGUUGUGUCUGUUAGAGCAUCGCAUUGUCAAACUGAUCCUAGUCGUUUACAAACGUGUCCGCUGCAGCUCGCAAUCCCUUUGGAACAGGCUAGUGCAUCGAAUGGGCCUAGUCAACUUCCACUAGGCCUACACAUUCCCGCUGCACCACUGCAUUUGCCUCCGACUCCUGCACCACAGAAGUUGGCUCCUGCACCACUGCAUUUGCCUCCGGCUCCUGCACCACUUAAUUUGUCUGUUGCUGGACCAUCACCUGCCUGUGCUCCAAAGUGGGCACCAGUCUCAACCCCCCAACAAAUGCAUAAAGGAUCUUCAUCAGAUCCAGUUGGCCCAGGACCAUCAACUUCACAACCAUCAUCUUCACAACCUAAGCCAUCAGCAGAACAUGGCAAAAAGAGAAGGCGCAAGUCUGAAGCACCCGAGUGGUUUGAGCAGUAUGUCACUGAGCAGAGGAGGCAGAUGUCAGAACUCAUGGCCCUGCAAAAGCAAGCAGUGGAAGUGGCAAGCGAAUGUAACGACAUCUUAAAAUAA